AUCAGCUGCUUUCAACGAACUCGACCUUUUAUGUGUGAUUUUGGUUAGAGAAAUUUAUUUAUUACUAUGUGAGAUUUUAUUUAACGUAAGUUUCACAUCUUACUAAUUUUAUAGAAUUAUUAAUCUUAUUACUUGGAGAAAAUAAGCAUGGGCGGUUAAUGCCUACUACUGAAUUACACAGUAGGUACUGUAGAGGGGACCCCGAGUUUGAUGAAAUUGUAGACAACGCAGUGUUAGCUAGUUGGUGAAGUGGCCACUUCUUAUCAAGUUAAAUAUGACGACAAGAGGAAGUUUGUAAUAACAUUAAUACACAACAAUAAUUUAUCCACAAGCUGUCGAAACUGGGAAGGCUGGUUAAGGAAAAUGGUUGAACAACCCUCGCCAAACAGGACCGACAAAUCCAACGGUAUUAAAAUUUCUGUGGUAGAUGUUUCAAAAAAUGUGAUUCCUCCAGAACCAGUGAAAGAGUCGGAUAAGGAUGCAAAGAAGACGACUACUGGAAACACUCCCCAGCCCUACUUUACUAUGUUUGUGGCAGAAGUUAUUGGCACUGGAUUGCUAAUGUUUCUAGGAUGUAUGGGAUGCAUCAAUACGUAUGAUGAAGCUGCAAUAAGUCAUCACUUUGGAGGAAUAACUUUUGGUCUUACCGUUAUGUUGAUCAUACAGACAUUUGGACACAUAUCUGGUGCUCACUUAAAUCCAGCAGUUACAAUAGCAACAGUAUUAUGUGGAAUUCUUAAACCAUUAAUGGCUGUGAUAUACGUGUUAGGUCAAUUUGCUGGAGCAACCUUAGGCUACGGUUUACUUAAAAUUUUGGUACCAGAAAAGUACGCUCCGGAUGGUUUUUGUAUUACUUCUUUAAAUGAAAACGUAACUGUGAUACAGGGUUUGGCUAUUGAAGUUGUGAUAACUACUGUCCUCGUGCUGAUAUGUUGUGCUGUUUGGGAUAAACGCAACGAAGCAAAGGCUGAUUCUGUGCCUUUAAGGUUUGGUUUUGCAAUUGCUGCAAUUUCUAUGUCUGCUGGACCACUAACAGGUGCUAGUAUGAACACCGCAAGGUCGUUCGCUCCUUUGGUUUUCGGUGGAAGUUGGCAGGAUCAUUGGAUAUAUUGGGUAGGCCCUAAUUUGGCUGCUUUUGUUGGCUGUAGUAUCUACAGAUUCUUAUUCAAAGAUCCGAAAGAGAAUGAAUCUAAAAGGGAAAGUAUCUAUUUAAACGAUGUAGCUCACUCCGCUGAGAAAGUUUGAUUAUAAUGAUAUGAUUUCCCGGAUCCUCCCGUUUUUAUACUUUACUCAUGUUUGUAAAUAUAAAGAGAUUAUUUUUUUUAUAAUCUGGAAACUCAUUAAGGUUAAGUACUUGCGUUAUUUAUACUCCUUGUUAUUAUAUUUAAGCUUUAUAAGUAGUCUAAUUUGAAAUAUUACAUCUUACAAUUUAUUUGUAUGAAGUACACUUACAUAUAUUUA